AGCCAGUAAUGUUGGUGUCAUUUGGCGCCGAAGAAUGAAAAAGAAAAAAAAAAAAUAUAAAUAUUUCUCAUAGUUGGGGUGUAACUAUGCGCGAUUCUGUGGGAUUGUGUCAUGAACAAUUGUGCGCAUACAAAUGUAAAAAUAGACUACCAAUGACGACGUCCUAAGAUGCAAAAGAAGCUAUAAAGAAGAAAAAAAGGGCAUAAACCUUAAAGGGUAUCAUCUUACAUUUCCUAUUAUGCCUCAAGACAUUGCCCAAGAUCUCUCUCUGGCAAACAUCUGAUAUGUGGUGACAAUUCAACGAGUAUAAAAGCAAAUGUGACAGUUCCAAGAAGUAUCAUUCAGUCAAUCAUCAGCUUUUAGUUAACAUCCUCAACCAAAACCGAGAUCCAUAACUUAGCAACCAUGGUCUUUAAGUGUGUAGUCAUCCUUGCCACUGUUGUAGCUUGUGCCAACGCCGGAAUAUUACAACUGCAACAACAACAGCAACAACUGAUUCAAGAGCAACCUCAAACGUUGGUCCUUCAAGCCGGACCACAUCCAGACGAACUGAGAUCCAGUCCAGCUCAAUACGAAUUCCGUUACUCAGUUCAUGACGUUGGCACUGGCGACAUCAAGGAUCAGCAAGAAAUCCGUGAAGGCGAUCAAGUUCGUGGCCGUUAUUCCCUAAUCGAACCCGAUGGCAACCGUCGUGUUGUGGAAUACUCCUCAGAUCCCCUUCUCGGAUUCAAUGCUAAUGUCCGACAUGAACCAUCACCAUACCAGGCACCAAUCACUUUAGCUCUAAGUCGUCAAUCCUUGGCAUCCAUUACACCGGGAUCUGCACAAAUUGACCAGCUGGGUUCACAGUUGAUCUCACAGCAGCAACAACAACAGCAAGCUGGUUUGCAUUAAAAGCUAAACUACACGCACUGUUGCAUCACUAUUCUUCUUAUUUAGCCAACUAUAACUCUAUUUCUAUUUAGAUUCAAUUUUUCUAGUUUCUUUUCUCAUAAACAUUAGCAACACCAACAACAAAAACAACAACAACAACUGUCAUUG